UAUUGAAGCUGCUCUGUGAAGACCUGAAACAGAAGGAAGAAAAUGGUGCAGAUCUUUUAGGAGCAGGGUUACCUGUGGGCAGCAGGAUGCCCCACAAGAACCUUCCUUUGCUGCUAGAGUCCAUGGAGUUUUUCAAAGAGCAAGAAUGCUAUGAGUUUCUUUACAUGCAGGCUACCAAUGGACAGCGCUCCCUCAAAUGCCCAUUGGACUAUGUGAUGGCCAUUCAAGGAAGUGCUGCCUUGUUCAGGACCUAUGAAGAGAGAGCCCUGUGCCCCUGUGAGCACGUGCAGGACUCUUGA